UUGGCGUGGAGUGGGGCCCGGGGCGGCUUGGCUUGGCUCCUUUCUAACCCUUUUCCCCCGUACAGAUUCCUCGUCUAAAAGUUGGUUUUAAUUGGUUGCCCACAGGAUUGGCUUGGCUUCUGCUACUUGUUAAGAAAAAAACAUCUGUCUUUGCAGGUGUGUGUUGUUUCAGCGCAGCAUGGCUGUGGUCAUCCGCUUGCAAGGUCUCCCGAUUGUGGCGGGUACCAUGGACAUUCGCCACUUCUUCUCUGGAUUGACCAUUCCUGAUGGGGGCGUGCAUAUUGUAGGGGGUGAACUGGGUGAGGCUUUCAUCGUUUUUGCCACUGAUGAAGAUGCCAGGCUUGGUAUGAUGCGCACAGGUGGUACCAUUAAAGGGUCAAAAGUAACGCUAUUGCUGAGCAGUAAAACUGAAAUGCAGAACAUGAUAGAACUCAGUCGCAGGCGUUUCGAAACUGCCAAUCUAGAUAUGCCACCAGCAAAUGCUAGCAGGUCAGGACCCCCACCUAGUUCUGGAAUGAGUGGAAGGGUUAACUUACCUACUACUGUACCUAACUUCAAUAAUCCUUCUCCUAGUGUAGUAACUGCUUCCACUACUGUCCAUGAAAGCAAUAAAAACAUACCCACAUUUUCGACUGCCAGUAUGGGGACUGCACCUCCAAAUCUUGGGAGUACCUUUGGUAGCCCAACAUUUAGCUCAACUAUACCUAGCACUGCAUCUGCAAUGAACACAGUACCUCCUCCUCCAAUCCCCCCUAUCCCAGCUAUGCCAUCUUUGCCACCAAUGCCUUCUAUUCCCCCAAUACCUGUUCCACCUCCUGUACCCACUCUGCCUCCUGUUCCUCCAGUUCCUCCGAUACCCCCUGUGCCCCCUGUGCCUCCAAUGACACCUAUGCCUCCCAUAUCAGGAAUGCCUCCUAUGAAUCCUCCACCCGUAGCACCUUUACCCACUGGAAUGAAUGGGUCUGGAGCAGCAGUGAAUAUGAACAGCGGCUUGAAUCCAUUGUUUAUUGGUCCCAUGAAUCCUGUAAAUCCUAUCCAGAUGAAUUCUCAAAGUACUGUCAAGCCGAUUCCAAUCAAUCCAGAUGACUUGUAUGUCAGCGUUCAUGGAAUGCCCUUUUCUGCCACAGAAUCUGAUGUGAAAGACUUUUUCCUUGGGCUCCGUGUGGAUGCAGUCCAUAUGCUGAAGGAUCAUGUAGGUCGAAAUAAUGGAAAUGGACUAGUUAAGUUUUUUUCUCCUCAAGAUACAUUUGAAGCACUGAAGCGAAACAGAAUGCUGAUGAUUCAGCGCUAUGUUGAAGUUAGUCCUGCAACAGAGAGACAGUGGGUGGCUGCUGGAGGCCACAUAACUUUCAAGCAAACCAUGGGUCCCUCUGGGCAGUCACACCCUCCUCCUCCCCAGGUGCAUUCUAGGUCCAAGUCUCCAGGUGGACAGAAAAGGUCACGGUCAAGAUCUCCCCAUGAGCAGGGUUUCUGUGUUCAUUUGAAAGGUCUUCCCUUUGAAUCAGAGAACAAACAUGUCAUAGAUUUUUUUAAAAAGCUGGAUAUAGUUGAAGACAGCAUUUAUAUAGCUUAUGGACCUAAUGGGAAGGCCAUUGGGGAGGGGUUUGUAGAGUUCAGGAAUGAAACUGAUUAUAAAGCAGCUUUGUGCCAUCAUAAGCAGUACAUAGGGAAUCGCUUCAUUCAAGUUCACCCAAUCACUAAGAAGGCAAUGUUAGAAAAAAUAGAUCUGAUCCGUAAGAGAUUGCAGAAUUUCAGCUAUGACCAGAGGGAAAUCCUAAUGAAUGCUGAGGGAGAGCCAGGCCCGACAAAGCUGUGUGCACAUAUAUCUAAUAUUCCCUACAACAUAACAAAGUUGGAAAUCCUGCAGUUUCUAGAGGGACUGGCAGUAGAAGAAAGCUCUGUGCAGAUUCUUGUUGAUAAUAACGGGCAAGGUUUAGGGCAAGCACUGGUUCAGUUUAAAGCUGAAGAUGAUGCUCGUAAGGCAGAGCGCUUGCACCGUAAAAAGCUGAAUGGAAGAGAUGUUGUUUUGCGGUUGGUAACUAUGGAAGAAAUGAGGGACAUUGAGAGAAACCCUCCAGCUCAAGGGAAGAAGAUACUGAAAAUCCCGCUGCCAGGAAAUGCGUCUGUGCCAGGGGUGCAGGGUGCUGGCAGCGAUGAGCAUGCCUUCCUAGGGGGAAAUGCCAAAGAUGGAAACAAUGGUCCUCCAUUUAAUUUCCCUGGUAAUUUCAGUGGGUCUGGCACGUUUGGUCCUCCUCUCCCACCGCCGGGAAUAGGUGGCUUUCCUGAUUCCAGACCAGGAUUACCUACAGUUGCAACUAGCGGUUUACCUGGUGCAGGUAUUGAAGUCCCAGGUUUUGCAGGGGGUCCUGGUAAUUUGAGUGGACCAGCAGGUUUUGCAGGAGGUCCUCAGAGUUUUGGUAAUGGUCCUGGCAGUUUAAGUGGGCCACCUGCCUUUGGUGCUGGCCCUCCAGGAAUUGCUAGUGGUCUUGGACAUUUAAGUGGACCUCCAGGGUUUGGACCUGGACCUGGAAAUAUACAUAUUGGUGGACCCCCAGGUUUUGGAACAGGGUCUGGGAAGCCAGGACCAACUGUCAUUAAAGUGCAGAAUAUGCCCUUUACUGUUUCAGUGGAUGAAAUUUUGGAUUUCUUUUAUGGUUACCAAGUGAUCCCUGGUUCAGUGUGCUUAAAAUACAAUGAAAAAGGCAUGCCCACUGGAGAAGCAAUGGUUGCAUUUGAGUCUCGUGAUGAAGCUAUGGCAGCUGUUGUGGAUUUAAAUGACAGGCCUAUAGGCUCCAGGAAGGUAAAACUUGUUUUAGGGUAGCUGUUAAUACAAAGUAGUUGUAGAAUAGAUGUUCAUAGUGCUGUGAUAAAUGCAUCCAAAUUGGUUUUUAUAGUAUUUCCAGGAUAGAACCAGUGGGUUGUUUCCAUGGUAAUGCAGCUGGGCUUUGCCGGAGCACUGGGUUAGCUUGCAUCUGAAACAGCGUGAGCAGAGACAUGCACUGGAUGUUUCCGUACCAGUAUGUGGAGCAGCUGUUCUGAGUCCUCCUCAUGGGAAUGUGGUCACUAUACUGGACACAGUGGUUAUCAAGGGGUCUGGCUUGGUUUUAUGUAGUCUCAGAUAAGGGAAAUGAAGUCAGUGAAGCUCUUCAGUGGGUGCUCUUGCAAGCCAUUGUAAAAUAGCUACUUCUGGAUUUGGUUAAAAGCUGGUUGAAUUUGCUUUGUUUACAGGUCAAAGCUUUGUUUGAAAUCCUGAUUUUACUCUGCAACUGAAUGACUUCUCAGUGUACACAGAUUAAUUGUUUUGUGUAUGUAUCUUUAUUUUUUCAAGACUCUCACUGUACGAACAGUUGAAUUAUGCCCAUUGCUGAUGUGUCUACCAAACUAAUUCCUUUAAGUAUGAGCAGAAUCAUUCUGUAAAGUUCAAGCUGUUCUUUGUGGAAUAAUCUUUAGUUAUUUAUAUGUUGCAAUUAUAACUGUGCAGAAUAAGACUUUUGCCACAAGUAUAGCUAACCUCAAACAUUAUCAUAUGAGUUUUAUAGUACACUUAAAAAAAAAUUCAAGUAGAAGUAACAACUUGAAAAUGCUCAUUACUGUUUAAGUAGCUUGAUUUGUUAGGCUGACUUGACUCAGUUGGGAUAGGAUCUUUGACAUUAGUUGGAUAUUGAUGUUGUAUUUCUUCUGUCUCU